CUUGUGAUGAGUUUCCUUUAAUCGAUUGAUUAUUUUUAUGAUAAUAUGAUAGAGAUAUGAGUUCAGAGGAAUCAUUCAGUUCUUGUGUUGAAGUCAAUGGUUGGUCCGUUUGGUACGAAAAAUGUGGUUCAGGACCGAGGCCUGUGCUACUAAUUCCCGGUGCUACCGAACCGACUUUCAACAUCAACUGGAAGGUGACAAUGCCCUGGACUUUGACAUGUUUACCAUAAUCGCUGUGGAGCUCCCGGGUUGGGGUCGGUCGAGACCACCCAUCAGAAAGUAUGGGACAGGGGUUUAUGAAAACGAUGCUCAAUGUCUCUAUGAAUUAAUGAAGGAAUUAGGCUUCAAUAAGUACUCCAUACUAAGCUGGUCUGAUGGCACAAAAGUAGCACUACUUAUGGCAACUCUUUACCCACAGUCCGUUGAAUCCUUGAUUACAAAAUUAAAGCAAACCAUUAGCCGGUCGUCUAUCUAUCGCUUUCCAAACGGUGAACACAACUGUCACCAGAAAUAUGCGACAAUAUUCAAGGAUGUGGUCGAGGAUUAUCUGAUGGGACGACUCAAAGACCUGGAGGAAGAUGUGGAUCCAAACAAAGGACCCAAUGAUGGCAUGAUUCAUAUGAAGUUUACCUCAUAA